AUGAUAGCUGCCAUCGGCGUGCUCAGCGGAACGUCGCACGACGGGGUCAAAUAUCGUGUGCGGCGAGCGGCCGCGAGGCAGACAUGGGGUGAGGCGCUGGAGAGGCAGUGGGUGCCGGCAGCUGUGCGGUUCGUACUGCGGUGUGGUGGGCUGCCUGUGGAUGCUCCGGAGAGGUCCGAGCCGGGUGUGCUCUGCACCGAUGUGCCAGCUGUCCUGGGGCGGCGGAUGGGGCCGGUUCGUUCGCUCAUGGCAUGGCUAUCCCACGCCAUUGCCACCUUUCCGAAUGCGCAUUUCAUCGGGAAAGCCGAUGAUGACGUCUACCUGCACCCUCCCGCGAUCAUCCGUCUUCUCGAGUCGGUGCCCGUGGGAAUGAGAAAGCACGCGUACCUGGGCUACCAUAAUUGGUACCACACGCUCUACGAGCCUGGGCGCCAGUUUCAGUUCACCACGUAUUCUCCACAACGAGGCUAUUCAAACAUGGCGGCGAGAAGGACGGGCCUCGCGAAGCGCUGUUCCGUCCCAAACGUCACGUGCCACGGGCCCUUCCCGUACGCCUGUGGGCCUUUCUUCGCCAUCGGGCGUCGCCUCGUGCAGGCCUUGGCCGCCAACGAAGGCAUCAGGGCAGAGAUGGACUCGCUCAGCGUCCUACCAAUGCCAGCGAAGGAAUUUGUGGUGGAGGAUGUCUGGCUCGGCUCUGUGCUCUGGAGGCACGUGGGGUCGCGGUUACCGCUCACGUUGCUGAGCGUGCACGGCUGGGACUCGCUCUACUACGACACGCACGGGUUCCGCGUGCACCGCCAGCUCGCCAUCUACCACAACCGACACAAGUUCAUCAACCGCCUUGUUGUUCUGGCGCACUUUCUCGAACUGCAUAGUUGCAAAGCGCCUCUCGGGUGGGAGGCGGCAAACAACGGCGGCGACUGCUGCCCCGCGGGGGUCGCCGCGGUGGGGGGGCGCCUCUCGCCGCCGUCCGGCGAGCCGGCGCAUCCGUGGCAAGCUUGGCGACUGAAGGUACUCAGCACGAGGUGUCUGCAGGAGGAUGGCACCGCCGUCAAUCUUGGCAAUGUCAGCCUGCUCCGCGAGCUAGGAGUGGAAGCGAGGCUCCCGGUGCCGACCGGGCUGUCGACCGAGACGUGGCUCAAAGAGAGGGACUCCGAAAGCGCAGUCAGGGAACGCUUUCUGUAUGCGCAUGGGCGCGUUAAGGCGUGA